AUCAAAAAUCAGAGCAGCUCUUAAGUCCGACAGAAAAAAUUGAAGGAAGGAGGCUAUUUGACGGAGGAUCGGUGGUUCAAUCCGCAGUACAUUUCGAUUCCGAUAACUGAACCGCCACAGUAAGGCUUGGUACCGGUCAUCUACCACUUCAACCUAACUACAGCUGCCGGAAAAUUCAGGUAUAUAAUAAGUAUGAACAAUGAUACAUUAUCUGUAUCCGUAUAUACAUUAAUUUGGUAGUAAUUCUUCAUGGCAUCACAUGGAAGCUUGCUGGUCUUCCCUUAACAAUCACAGUCUUGGGUUCGUUUCUGUGUGGUGAAGAUAAGCCAGAAUGGGAAGAUGCUUUAGCAAGAUUAAAAACAAUUCCACUAACAGAAACACUAAAAAUAUUGGAAUUAAGCUAUAUCACUCUAGAGGAUGAUUACAAGGAGAUAUUCCUGGAUGCUGCAUGCAUUAUGAAAGGCUGCAUAAAAGACUUCGCAAUCCAAGUUCUUGAAAGCUUUGGGUUUCAUGGUAGAAUUGGUUUAAGAGUUCUUCAGCAAAAAUUUCUCAUAACUAUUUAUAAAGAUAAUUAUUAUGGUGAGUGUUUGGACAUGCAUGACAGUAUUCAAGAAAUGGGCAGACAUAUUGUUCGUCAUUCUCACCCUGAUUUGCCAAAGAAUCAUAGCCGUUUAUGGAAGAAUGACGAAAUUGAACAUAUCUUGGCUAAUGACUCGGGUACUGAAGAAACAAGAUGUAUAGAAUUUUACAGUACGAAACUCAAUCCUUAUAUGCUUAUUAAAGGUCUUGGAAAGAUGAAGGCGCUUAGAUAUGUUUCCGUGGUUACAACAAACCAUUUAAGGGACGCUGAACUUGAUACAUUUAGUCCAAGCUUUCCAGAUGCUUUACAAUAUCUGAAAUGGGAUUCUUACCCUUUUAGGUCUUUACCCAAAACAUUUCAAGCAAAUAAUCUUGUUAGACUUGAGAUGCCUACAAGCGACAUCGUACAACUUUGGGAAGGGGGAGAAAAAAAGGUUCUUGACAAGCUUAGAUUCCUUGAUCUCAGGGGAUCAAAAUUGAAGACUAUUGACCUUGAUCUAACCCCAAAUCUUGAGACGUUGAAUCUUAGUGAUUGUCGUGAUUUGGUAGAACUUUCAGAUGAUAUCUGGAAGUUGGAACAUCUAAAAUCUCUCGAACUUUGGGCUUGUUUGUCCCUUAAGAAUUUACCUGAGGUUUUUCAGCGGGUAGGGUGUUUAGAGAAUCUAAAAUUGUCUCCGGAUAGCAUUUCCAUGCCAAAAAAUCUAAAAUAUCUUCGCCUUGCUCAUUGUGAUGAGUUUGAGAAGUUACCUGAGGAUAUUGGCCGCUUAGAAUGUUUAGAGGUUCUAGAUUUAACAAAUACAAAGCUAAAACAUCUUCCGGACAGUAUUAAUUUGUUGAAACACCUCAACAUUCUCAUACUUUACCAUUCUCGGUAUUUUAACAAGUUACCAGAGGACCUUAGUGGGUUAGAAUCUUUAAAGGAUCUAGAUUUGUCAUGUACAGAUAUCGAGCAUCUUCCAAAUAGCAUUUGUGAGUUGAAACAUCUGGAGUCUCUCAAUAUUAAUCGUUGUUCAAGGUUAGAGAAGUUACCUGAGGAUCUUGGCCAGUUAGAAUGCUUACGCUUGCUAGAUUUGUCUCGUACAUAUAUUAAGCAUCUUCCAGAUAGCAUAGUUAUGUUGAAAAAUCUACAUAAACUUGAUCUUGAUCAAUGUUUUUCACUUGAGAAGUUACCUGAAGAUCUUGGCAAGUUAGAAUGUUUAGAGUUGCCGAGUUUGUCAGGUACAAAGAUUAGACAUCUUCCGGAUAGCAUUUGUAUGUUGAAACAUCUUAAAUCUCUCAAUCUUGAUUGUUGUCGGUCGCUGGAGAAGUUACCUGAGGAACUUGGACGUUUAGAAUGUCUGGAAGACUAAUCUAUAGGAGCUACACCCAUAAGUCAUCUUCCACAGAGCAUUCUUAUGUUGAAAUGUCUGCGUGUUUAUGGGUCAAGAGGGAGUCUUGAGGUGUCUGAUGAGAUACAAAUCUCCUAUUACGAUGACAAUCACGUUUUCAAUCACAACCUUCAAUACGAUUACUUGGCUGGUCACAGAUGCUAUUAUGAUUAUGAUUACACAUACGAAUACGAUUACACAUACGAUUAUGAUUGCACAUAUGAUGACGAUCACGAUUACGAUUAACAAGGCCCAGAAAUGUUGUAACGGGUAUUCUCUCUUUUUCAGUUUUCUAUUUUAAUUAACCAUUUGGCUUUGAUGUGAAUUUUGAUAUUGAUAUGACGAUAAUUACUAUUUCAGCAAAAAUAAAUAAUGAU